GGAAGUUCCUCGGGUGCAAGGGGAAUGGGGUCAUGACAUCAUAGCCCCGCCCUUAAUCACGUUCCACGCGGGGUAACUUUUGCUCUGCAGGCCGGUCACACCGUUUCAAAGGUCGCAGCGCAUGUGUCCGGGCUGUGCCCGCUCUGUGGGGCUUCUCAUGUGACCACCGCAAAUGGGCUUGAGUAAAUUGGAUGUUCUUUAUAGGCGGUUGCUCCUUACCAGAUUAUUUAUCCGAGGAUGGGGAAAACCAGAAGAUCUAAAGAGGAUAUUUGAAUUUCGGAAGAUUAUUGGAAACCGAGAAAAAUGUCAACAUUUGGUGUCAAAUGACUAUCCGGUGCAUAUAGAUAAGGUUGAAGAGCAAACUGACUGUAAGAUAUUUGAUGGCCAUUUUACUUCUCCACUUGCUCACUAUGUACCUGAAGUCAUGCCUUCUGAGUCCGUUAUAGCUAGAUUCCAGUUUAUUGUUCCGAAAGAAUGGAAGACAAAGUAUAGACCUGUUUGCAUUCAUCUAGCUGGCACAGGAGACCAUUAUUACUGGAGGAGACGUACAUUAAUGGCUCGUCCAAUGAUCAAAGAGGCUGGAAUGGCUUCCCUGUUGUUAGAAAAUCCAUAUUAUGGCUGCCGAAAACCAAAGGACCAAGUGAGAUCUAGUUUGAAGAAUGUAUCUGACUUGUUUGUCAUGGGUGGAGCAUUGGUACUGGAGUCUGCUGCUCUUCUACACUGGCUGGAAAGAGAAGGCUAUGGCCCCCUGGGCAUGACAGGCAUUUCAAUGGGAGGCCAUAUGGCUUCUUUAGCCGUUACCAACUGGCCAAAGCCUAUUCCAUUGAUUCCAUGUCUGUCCUGGUCAACUGCUUCAGGAGUUUUUACAACGGGUGUUUUAAGUAAGGCUGUUAAUUGGAGAGAGCUAGAGAAGCAGUACUGCACACAAACAGUCUAUGAAGAGGAAAUUAUACAUCUUCUCGAAUAUUGUGGGACAGAUUCUUUCAAAAUGGGACAGGAUUUUGUAAAAAAUUCCCCAAGGAGCCUUGAUAGCCUGGCCCACUUAAAACUGGCUUCAGACAUUUUUGACUUUAAGGAUACUAGGGACUCCUUGUCUGCUGAGCCAGUACAGCCUUUGCAUACUAAUCACGAUGCUAACGGGCUGAUGUUCCAAAGCGGUUCCAAAGUAUCUAUUAUUGGGCAAGAACCCACUGGUCAAAAUGUCAACAGCUCCAAAUCAGGAAGGCCACGGGGACUGGGAAGCAUGAGAAAAGAAGAGAACAACAGGAACAAAGCUCUGCAGAGGGAAUCUUUUCUGUUCAUGAAAGGGGUGAUGGAUGAAUGUACACAUGUAGCCAACUUUUCAGCACCUGUGGAUCCAAGUUUAAUUAUAGUUGUCCAGGCCAAAGAAGAUGCCUAUGUCCCAAGGACUGGUGUGCGUGGACUUCAUGAAAUCUGGCCAGGCUGUGAGAUAAGAUAUCUUGAAGGAGGUCAUAUUAGCGCCUACCUCUUUAAACAAGGCCUUUUCAGACAAGCAAUCUAUGACGCCUUUAAUCGAUAUCUUCAGAAAUACCCAAUGUGAUCUUGUGGGAAAUUCAUUCCGUCCUUCUACAUCAGAAGUAAUUUAAGGACUAAUUUAAGAAAGUGUAUGAACAGACAUUGCACAAAGACCUUACUGGUUUCUACGGACCUUCAUCAGCAAUGCACUACUCAGCCAACUUCUGUGAAGGAUUAUAUACUGGUAUCCUCCGAAAUUGCCACAAUUUACACAUGCUGUAUGAGUGUGUGUGGAUUGUUUUUUUUUUUUUUUUUUUUUUUUGUUAAACCACAUUUUCAUUUGAAACUAUUUUUUUGUGUUUUAUUUUACUGUGUAUUUGAAACGCCUUUUAGCGUGCUCUGAAACUUUGUAACUUUUUAAAAUGCCUUUAAAUUUUUUUUAUUUUUCGCAAUUUAAACUAAGAAUUGAAGAUGCCAAGAAAACAUAAAUGGAUUUGAUUUUUUGCACUUAAAAAUAGCUGAGGCUAAGAUAUAGUUUGUGCCUGGUAAGAGUGAAAAUAAUAAUAAUUAAUUAAAAAAUUAACACUUUUUUUCAUUAUCAUUCAGACUUCAAUAUACCUUAUUUUAAUUGAUUCAAGUGUUUUAUUGAGAGUGAUAAUAACAAUAAAAAAGUAUUCAUAUCAGAAUGCCGUAUACAGAAGAUAAUAUAUUUGUAUGCCAAGCAGUGUUUGUGAUUAAAGACUUUGACCCCCCCCCCAA